AUCAAAGAAGAUAUUAUUAGUGGAAAAACUUUACCAGUUGUUCAAAAUAAAGAAGAGAAAAUUAUUAAAAAACAAAAAAUUAAUACUAUUAAAUUAGAUGCUAAAGAUAGUAUUAUUGAUUUUAAUAUCCAAGAUGAAAUUAGUUUUCGUAUUGUAGAAAAAU